UUUAUCAAUUUUCAAUAUCUUUUUUUUCCUAAGUGAUGUUAGCAAGAGAGUCAACUGAAUUCUUUGUAAGAGCCAUUCGAAGCAAAACUAAGCUAACUGAAAGAGAUCAAAGCGUCUUUUGGGACACAUUAUAAGAAUUAUAUAAGGUUAAUAUCAAAUAAUGUUGAUUGCUUUAUUUCUUAUAACUUCCUAUGGAAUAGGAGUGUUUGGGGGCUCAAUAUGCCCACCACGAAAUCGAAUAUAUCCGUGCAGAUGUAUCAAUAUAGAAAAUGACAAUAAAGAUUAUCAUACCAUCAUUAGUUGUCAAAAAUUACAAGAUGUCACCACUUUAGAAAGAAUUUAUCCUACGCUCAUGAAUAUGGAAAUAGAUAAAUUUGUAAUAAGUGAUUCUUUUUUAUUGGAAAACAGUUUGAAAGAAGGGGCUCAAAGUAAAAGUAAUCUCCCCUCUGAUUGGUUUACUCUAACUUGGAUAAAAGAACUGGAAAUUAUUGAUUCAAAUUUAUCUUCGUGUUUUGGGUGUGAAGCGAAGAUGCCCUGUAGAAAUCACUUCACAACUAAGAUUGAAAUAACAAAUAGUUCUUCCGCAAACAAAAUAUGUCUUCUUUGCAAUAUUCCAAUCAGGGAAGAAGAAAUUUCAUCAGAACCCUCUCGACUAUAUUGUCUUAAGCAGUUAAAGGAAUUUCAUUUCACUCAUGGGAAGCUAUCUUCAAUCAACAAUAACUUCUUUCCUAAAAAAGUAGAAAAUUUGAUAACCUUAAAUUUUAGUUACAAUGAAAUACGACUGAUUUAUAGCAGUGUAUUUAAUAGUUUUCCAAACCUAGAAGAGCUUGAUUUAUCCCACAAUGCACUUACAAGCAUAGAAGGAAUAUUUACCGAACAAACAGGGUUGGAGCUUCUCGAUUUAAGUUGGAAUUCAAUUCAAAGCCUAUCGCCAGAUUUCUUCACUCAUUUAUGGAAUUUGAAGACUUUUAAUAUAAAAUACAAUCUUAUUAAAACAAUGGUCAAAUGGAAUGUAAUUCCAAAGGGGUUGAAAAAAGUCGAUUUUGAAGGAAAUUCCAUACACUGUGACUGCAGGAUUCGUUGGUUGAAUAGUAUAUUAAGUGAUGAUAUUGAUUUUGCUGGCAAUUGUGAAUCCCCUGUAGGGUAUCAAAACUCAUCAUUGCGAAGUAUUUUGCCAAUGUUAACCACAAGAUGUAACUCUCCAGGACGAAAAAAAACAUUAAGAAGACACAGAGGUGAUGAAAAGAUAACUAUAGAACAUGGUUUCAGAAAUGUUUGAAAACGAUAAUUUUUUGCUUCGAAUUCUGAAAGUAAAUUUCUGAAAUGCAGAUGUUUUGGAAUGCAUAGAUCAUUAAGAUGUCUUAUAGAUAAAUAAUAAAUAAAUAAAUAACUUACAAAAUUGAUGAUGCUUAUUAUGUUUCUCAAAACACCAGAAGAGUAUGUGGUAAAAAUCAAAUGCUUUAUUCCUUUCUGUAUUAUAUCAGAUUCAUAAAUUACAGUAAAUAAAAUUUGCAAGACUUUCUUAAA